AUCACAUCAGGACUAAUAAAACGCUGCGAUGGGAGCCAGGGCGUCGCUGACAGGUCCCGCUGCCUCUCCUCUCGCUGCAGGAGGAGGCACGGAUGUAUCUGGCUGGAUGAUGAAACUCUGGAGGUAUUGCUGAUGGCAGCCGUCUUCCUAAACUGCAACUAGUUCGCCGUAAACCCCACGAAGAAGAAAAAGAAAGAGGAACUGAAACAAGACAGUUUGGCAACUUGCGCUGUGCAGGAAGAAAGAGUUCCGUUUGGGAGUACUAUGAAAAACUACAUCAGACCGCCAGGUUGCUCAUAAACAUGUCCCGGCUGGAGACUUUUGAGCGUGAGAUAUCUGCUGUAAUGGAGACUCUGGUGGAAGCGGCGGUGACGGAGCUCAGCAGACUUCUGGACAAGUGUGUUGUGGUCGUUCAGCACCGCUAUCCUCCGCCUCCAGAGACGUUAACGGCUGUGACAGACGAAGAGGAGGAGAGACAGCGGUUUAAUAAAGAUAUAAUGAACCAGUUUGUAUCCCUCAUGGAAGCACGGACCAAAGAUGCAGUAGGGAAAAUAUUGAUGAUGUUAAAAGUGUCCAUGUGUGGAGCUGAGGAUGGUCCCGCUACAAUACAGACAGCUGGGCUGAAUGACAAGACCAAGCAGACGAGCAUGAAGCCGAAAACAGGACGAGUAGCUGGGCCCAAAAAGCAAUCAACAUCCAGAAGCUCUCAGAGGAAAAAGAAAAUCAAGGGUGGACUCAAACCGGCAGAAAGACAGGAGAAUGACCAUUUAUAUUACCAAGCUGAUGCAGCCCCACAUGAGAGUAGCUCCGGGUCCCCGUCUGAACCUGAAGCCGUGUUGGCAGAGCCCUCCUCUGACUUGGCCUCCGAUGUAAGCGAGGAAGACGUUGUCCAGGAGGAUACAGACUCUUCAACUACCACAUCCAAGAUCAAAAAGAAGUCCACGGGGCCAUUCAAAUGCCCUUCUUGUGACAAAUCGUUUGCUCUGAAGUGUUUGAUGGACAGACACCACCUGACUCACUCCAAACCUCACCUUUGCUCUGAGUGUGGCAAACGUUUUGCUGGCCUGCGGGGGCUCGUUGCACAUUCAAGACGUCACACUGGAGAGAAGCUUUACAAAUGCUCAGACUGUGGGACCGAGUUUGCUUACAAGAACACCUUCGACAGACACAUGCGUCAGCACAGCCUCAAGAAACUGAAUAUCCACACGUGCAGACUGUGUGAGAAGCAGUUCACCGGGGAGUUGGCGCUUCAGCGGCACAGGUGUUGUGCCUUAAAAAAGACGUUUGUCUGCUCGCUUUGCCCGGAGACCUUUGAGUGCAGGAAGAAUUUGGCCGAUCACGAGAAUCAACAUUCGGGGGACAAAGAUUUUGUCUGCGAAAUGUGUGGCGAGAGUUUCUUCUCGUCCCUGUCCUUGGCCACUCACCGGGUGACUCACAUACAAAAGGAAAACUGCUGCGACGUGCUCGGCCUCGGAUGCAGCGACUUGAGCGUCCUCAAAAUUCACCUGAGCAAACACACGGGAGAAAAGCUUUUCACCUGUAAGGUGUGCGGUAAGGGUUGUAGCCACCAGAGCGCGCUGAAGCACCACAUGCUGACCCACACGGGAGAGAAGCCGUACGUCUGCGAGACGUGCGGGAAACGCUGCGGCCACGCCAGCGCCCUUCAGAACCACAUGAGGACCCACACCGGGAAGAAACCGGGGCAGCAGCCGGUCUGCAGCGUCUGCGACAAAAAAUUCCGCUGCAUGGUCAAUCUCAAAUAUCACAUGAGCAUCCACACGGGGGACAAGCCGUACGGCUGCGGUCAGUGUGAUAAAAAGUUCAGCAACCCCAGCAAUCUCAAGAUACACAUGACGAUUCACUCAGGGGAGAAGAUGUACGGCUGCAACAUCUGCGGCAGGAGGUUCACUCAGGCGAGCAGCCUCAAGCUGCACAGACGGAUCCACACAGGAGAAAAGCCGUAUCACUGCGCGGUCUGCAGGAAAGGAUUCAUACACAGAGGCGACUUUAAGAAACAUCAGCAAGGACACCUGGCAGAUGGGCCAGGAGAUGAACAGUCUGAAAAAACUGCUGUGAAAAUCUAAAACACUUCACUGCUGUACAGUCAUUUACAUAUUCACACACUGUACACUGGAGGUCGGGCUGGGCAACGUGAAGAUAAUUACUGUGAGACGAAAGAGAUCGUCAGUUGUCAAAGAUUUUUAAAGCCUGUUUAUACAGAGUAUUCAAUCCCCUGGCUGUUUUAGACCAUUGCAGGCUUCCCUGCGAGUAUAAAGUUCACUAGAUUGACCCAAAAGAAUAGAAACUAAGCACAUCUGGUGCUUCCUAUAAGCCAAUUUAGCAGCUGCUUAAGGCCCCGCAGCCGCUAGUAAGUUACAUAUCUACAAUGAAUGGGUACUUUUUGUUGCUAAUGUAAUAUUAGCUACUUACAGUCUUCUAUAAUAGGGCGAGAAAUACAGACUGUAUAAAAGAAGGGAGAGGAAUCCCUCCUCCGUUCUUUUCUCCGGUUUCCUCAUUUCUUUCCUGUUAAAAGAGUGUUUUGGAGGAGGUUUUCCUUACGUGAAUCAAAGGUCUAAGAACAGAGGGUGUGGUAUGCGGUACAGAUUGUAAAACCCCUGAUUGGGCUGAUUUGUAAUAUUUGGCUAUAAAUGAAAUUGACAUGACUUGAAUAUGUGCUGUGAAAAAGUUUGGAAAACACUGGAGGAAACUAAACUGGUUAUUUUGUAAAAAAUAAGUUAUAUAAAACCCUAAAAAAUGAA